CCAAAAUAUGUUCAUCAUUGCAAAAAUAGUAAUACAAAAUUAAAUGUGCGCCAGGCUAAGAUGGCGUUCCACAUGAGAACUUCCAUAUUAAUUUUAGGGGUCAUCAUAUUGAUAACCCCUGCCUGUGGAAUUAUGGAAGUAUUAGUGCCAGAAAAUGCACCCUCUUUGCAAAUGAUAGACGAAGGCGAUCCGUUUUCAAUUUGGUGCAAUUUUUCCAUGGCGCUUUCUACUGGGUUUACUGUCAUCUGGAAGAAAGUUAAUCCGCUGAACAGUACAGAUAUCCGGCCCAUCUACAUGUUACUGUUAGCUGGAAUGAAAAUAGCUAAACCUAUGAAUGAGUUUAUCGGAAGAAACAUUUCAGUGACAUAUACUUUGAACCCAAACUAUCUAUUCACCAUAAACUGUCUGAUACGAAUAUAUAAUGCCAGCUACUGGGACGGAGGCAACUACACAUGCUCUGUUAAACUCAUUGGCGUAGGAGUGUCUGCCACCUCAGAGGAAUAUCAGACUGUUCGGGUGAUAGUUAAUUCCACCAGAAUAGUUCCAAAAAGCCAAGAAAAAUUUGGAUAUUUUACAUUUUGGCCCAUAUUGCUGUUGGCUGCUGCUCUUUUCCUGGGAUUUCUUAUCAUUGUAGUCAUCGUAUACAACCGAAGGAAAGUGGCCUUUAGAGCGGUUCACCUGCCAAGGCAAAAUACUCCGACAAACAUACGCCGAAGACGUGAUGUUCGACGUCCUGGAAAGACAUUUAAGUUGCCUAUUAUAAGAUUUAUAAAUCGAUUUAGAAAGGGCAACACAGACGAUUACCACAUGUACGAAGUACCUGAGAGGGUAGAAGAGAACCAGCGAAACACAUAUAUUACUUUAAACGAAUCAGCUCAAGAACUCAAUCUCAACGACAUAGAACUAUUACAGAACAUAGGACAUGGUCACUUUGGCGAGGUCUUCAAAGCCAUUUUAAAAACCACUAAUGCUGCCGUUGCUGUAAAGCUGUUGAAAGAACAGUACACAGAAGUUGACAAAAGAGACUUCUUCAGAGAAAUAGAUACCAUGCAGUUAGUGCCUCAGCACGAAAAUAUGGUUGUCAUGUUGGGAUUCUGUAAAUCAGCAGUCCGUGCGUUCCUUGUGUUAGAGUACCUUGGCAAUGGUAACCUUAAGACAUAUCUCCAUAAAAGCCGCAGUCACAACACCUAUAGUAAUCUGCAUGGUGGAAGUAGUGAAUUGACGUCACGGAAUAUAUUGUCAUAUGCUCUAGAUUCUGCCAAAGGAAUGGCUCACAUAUCUAGAUAUAAGGUUGGUCAACUCUAUGGCAGUUGCAGAAUAGGCAGUGCAAUAAUGUGUGAAGUAAUAUAAUGUUGAUGUAAUGAUAUGUGAAUAAGAUUAAGUACGAUAUACUAAGUGAACGCUUUAGCACAAUAGAGUUAAUUGAAAAAGUGUGUAAAAAAGCUACUGUAAAAUGAGACGAACUCAUUUAGUAUUUCUUAAAAUCUGUUCGAGAAAAA